CAGCAGCGUGUGCAUUGCGCAACCUUUAACCGCCUCCUCCACCUAUAUAAUCACGUCAUUGUUCCCCUUCCCAUCUGAUUUCUUCUGUUUCAUUAUUUCUCUUAACAAAAUUAUUAUGUCGUCGGAAGGUGUGGAGUAUCGGUGCUUCGUCGGCGGCCUUGCUUGGGCCACGACGGAUCGCACACUCGGUGACGCUUUCUCUCAGUUCGGCGAGGUCAUCGAAUCGAAGAUUAUUAAUGAUCGUGAGACGGGGAGAUCUAGGGGUUUCGGAUUUGUGACGUUCAAGGACGAGCGAUCCAUGAGGGAUGCGAUAGAGGGGAUGAACGGCCAGAGCCUAGACGGCCGUAACAUCACCGUCAACGAGGCUCAGUCUCGCGGGAGCGGCGGCGGAGGUGGAUUCCGCGGUGGAAGGCGUGAAGGAGGAGGUGGCGGCGGCGGCGGAUACGGCCGUCGCGAGGGUGGCUACGGCGGUGGACGUGGAUAUGGUGGCGGAGGCGGUUACGGUGGUGGUGACCGUUAUGGCGGCGGAGGCGACCGUUACUCUAGGGGUGGCGGUGGUGCUUCAGACGGCAACUGGAGGAAUUAGAAUUAGUUACCUUAGGAGUUUAAUUUGUCUCUUGUAGUGUCGUUUUUCUAUUUUUGUCCUCGAAUUGAACGUGUUGGGUGGGCUUUGAAUUUGUUAUGGUUUCGAUUUUUUUAAAGGUACAAUGUAUUGGUGCUAAUGUGGUAUUGCUCUUCGAUCAACUCUGAUCUAUACAUUUGUAUUCUCAAAACUUUUGUCUUGAAUGAAAGCAUGGUUGGUUUGGUAUCAAA